AUGCAGCAACAUGCCAUUUUCGGUUACCAAACCCCUCCGCCCUCGCCUGGAUUCGAUCAUCCCAAGUGCACAGUUCAACAGCCCUUCGCUGCUCCACGACACUUUCAGGCCCGAUGUAUUCCUCUCGCCCCGGAGGCCAGGCUUGGCCGCGUGCUUGAGGGCACUCUCCAGCUGACUGACAUCCUUGGAACCGGCGCCUAUGGCGUCGUCUACCUGGCUGUCGACCUUAAGACCGGAGGUAAAUACGCUGUCAAGUGCUUGAGCAAGUUCAAUCCCGAUGGAACCCCUUUGGAACAAAGACAAUUUGCCUACCAACAACGAGAGAUCCGUCUUCACUGGAAGGCAUCGGAACACUCCAACGUGGUCCAGAUGCUUAAGAUUGUGAAUGAUCCCGACUGCAUCUAUGUUAUUCUCGAGUACUGCCCUGAGGGCGAUCUCUUCUUGAACAUCACAGAGCGCGGUCAAUACGUUGGUAAGGAUGAACUAUCAAGGAAUAUCUUUCUCCAAAUCCUGGAUGCCGUUGAACACUGCCACAACCUUGGAAUUUACCAUCGGGACCUCAAGCCGGAGAACAUCUUGGUUACAGACCACGGAGACACUGUUAAGCUAGCUGACUUCGGUCUCGCUACAUCUGAUGAUCGAUCCGAGGACUACGGAUGCGGUUCAACCUUCUACAUGAGUCCAGAAUGCCUGGACCCCUCUGCUAGGAAACCUUACUAUCUAUGCGCCCCCAAUGAUGUCUGGAGCCUUGGAGUUAUUCUCGUCAACCUCACUUGUGGACGCAACCCAUGGAAGCAAGCCUCUUUCCAGGACUCUACUUACCGUGCCUACGCUGGAUCCAAGGACUUCCUGAAGACCAUUCUCCCUUUGUCGGAUGAACUGAACGACAUUCUGGGACGAAUCUUCGAACCUAUCCCCGAGCAGCGGAUUACUCUUCCUGAGCUCCGAAACAUGAUCAUGUCCUGCUCCAUGUUUACCGUGCCGCCUAUGUCCGCUGUACCGACACCACCGGCUUCACCAAACCACAUUACCGAAUACGUUUCUUCCGAGGAUGCCAUCAUUGACGACUACGACUACGACUCGCCUUUGUCUCCCGCUUCCUCAGACGAUGAGGGUUCGCUUACCUCAAGCGACUCUACCAUUGAUGACCUGGACGACGAGUUUGAACAGGAACGCCAGAUGCCUCAGACUCCCCCUGAGUUCGCACCACACACAUUCGACCCUGAGGAGCACAAGGAACAUCAACUCAUCUACCACAGCCAGGAAUUCGUCCCCCAGAAGUACUCUGGGCCCGUCCCCGUGCCAGUGGCCGUUCCCCCUCAACCUAUGCUCUGCCAACAGGUCCCUAUGCCAAUCCAGGCUCAGGUUCCUGUGCAAGCUCCUUGUCAACCCAAAUCAUACUUCCCCAUCUGGGAUAUGGUUAAAUACGUUCAACAGGUACCGAUGCUUCAGCACCACGUACCCUUCCAUCAACAGGUCCCCUUUAUGCCUACGUUUCAAGGCUGUUACUAA